AUGUGGGCUUACACACGAGUUCUCAAUGUCAGUUGUGCCUUUCAGCUUUUGGAUGCCGAAGCCGUCGCCCGAUUGUGGGGACAACGAAAGGCGAAGCCACAUAUGAAUUACGACAAGUUGUCUAGGGCACUUCGAUACUACUACGACAAAAAUAUCAUCAAAAAGGUGAUCGGUCAAAAAUUUGUGUACCGUUUCGUCGAAGCGAAUAUCACCGAACCAGUCGCGUAUAACAUGAGUUUAUGUCGAGCGAUGAGCAAUACGAGCGUGACGGCCAAACCCCGACGCUCUCAUCCUGCUCCAGUUCCUGCUCCUCCUCCGCCGCCGCCGGCGCGCCUCUCUCGACGGCGACAACGACAACGCGACCAACAAGCAUUGUUAGGAAGAGCCAAUGUAGGCCGGAUCAUGAUACGUCAUCAAUGCCUAUUCUGA